GUUCAAUUCAAUGCCAAUUGACUGCUUUCCCGCCACCAGCAGCCUAAUAUAGGCACAUAUAUAUAACCAACCCACUACUUUUGACGUUUUCUAGUUAAGCAUUUCAAUAUUGACUUUUUUUUUAUUUUCAACAUGAUUCUGUUACACGCAUUAUACAAACGUUUCACACGACAAUGACAAUGAUUCCUAAUAAAAUAAAACCAAAACCAUAAUUUGAUUUUAUAAUUUACAUUUAAUAAUAAUAAUAAUAGACCACUUCAAGAUUUCAAACUGUAGUAGGUGAAAUAAUAUUGUAUCAAAAGUUUGUUUGUGGAUUAAGCAAGUAGUAGUUGUGAUGGGUAGUAGUAGUAAUAAGGAGGUUGCGUUACGCCUAAAGGCGGUGGCUGAGACUGCGAUCGGGGCUAUUGGGUUAGGAUAUGAUGUGACUGAGGAUUUGAGGCUUAAAUAUUGUAAAGGGAAGUCACCCGGGGCGAGGUUGAUUGGUAUAGAUGAUGAACAAGUUAGAGAUGUGUUUAUUCCUGGUGGGAUUUUGAUUCAAAAUGUAUCAAAAUCGAUUAGUUGUGAUAAAGGUGAAAGGAUGCGAUUUAGUUCGGAUAUUUUAUCAUUUCAGCAGAUGUCGGAACAAUUUAACAAGGAGGUUUCACUGUCUGGAAGAAUCCCAACUGGACAAUUUAAUGCUGCAUUCGAGUUCACGGGAUCUUGGCAAAAAGACGCAGCCAACACAAAAGCACUUGCUAUGGAUGGCGUUUUCAUAACACUUUACAACGUCACACUUAAAAAGUCCCAAAUUGCAUUAACUGAUCAUGUCAAAAAUGCCGUUCCAUCCUCGUGGGAACCUGCAGCAUUGGCCAAGUUCAUUGAAAAAUUUGGUACCCAUGUGAUUGCUGGUGUCAAAAUGGGAGGUAAAGAGACUGUGUAUAUGAAGCAACAACAUUCGUCAGCUCUUACAUCCGACGAGGUGCAAAGAAAGCUGAAAGAUGUAGCAGAAAAGAGAUUCAGUGGACAUCACAAUGAUAACCCUAGAAAAGUCCGUGAUCUGGAGCCGCUUGAAAGAAAUGACUAUGGGUUAAUAACCUUGAAUCCUGCAAUCGAGGAUAUAACUUUUUUCUGGAGGAGGAGAGGAGGAAAUUAUGGAAAAAACCUUGACCACCGCACAUGGAGUCAAACGGUUCAACUUGAGCCUGAAGUGAUCUCAAUGACAUUUAUUCCGAUCACAUCUUUAUUAAGUGGAAUUGAUGGCAAUGGAUUUUUGACUCAUGCCAUCAAUCUAUAUAUACGCUAUAAACCUCCAAUUGAAGAGCUUCAGCAGUUCUUAGAGUUUCAGCUUCCAACUAGAUGGGCACCUGAGUAUGGUGUGCUUGCAGUUGGCCCUGAGGGGAAGCGGCAUCACAGUGCAUCGUUACAGUUCAGAUUUAUGGGCCCUAAGCUAUACGUUAACACAAAUCAGGUGGAUGUUGGUAACAAUCCAGUAACAGGUCUUCGGCUUUAUUUAGAAGGAAAAAGAAAUGACUGUUUAGCCAUCCAUUUACAGCAUCUUUCGUCGACUCCAAAAAGUUUUAAACUCAUGCUUGAACCCAACACGAACUUGGCUCCAAACUAUCAUGACAGAAGGUACCACGAAAAAGUCCAAUGGAAAAGUUUUUCGCAUAUAUGCACUGCCCCAGUGGAGUCUGAUGAUGAACUUUCAAUAGUAACUGGCGCUGAGUUUGAAGUGAGUGAUUCUGGUGAAAAACGAGUACUUUUCUUACGUCUACGUUUUGCUAAAGUCAUGGGAGCCACAGUGGUGAGGAAACCCGAAUGGGAUGGGUCACCUGUCCUCUCUCAAAAAUCUGGGAUUGUUUCAGCAUUAAUAUCCACACGGUUUUCAAAUGCUCAAAAACCGCCACCUCAGCCUAAAGACAUUAUGGUAAACUCUGCAUUACCUAUCGGGCCACCCAUUUCAGCUCAAGGGAAGAAGCUUUUAAAGUUGGUUGAUACAACAGAAUUAGUUAGAGGACCUCAGGAUCUGCCCGGUUAUUGGGCUGUUUCCGGGGCUAGGCUCAUGGUUGAUAAGAGUAAAAUAUCGUUGCGUGCAAAGUUCUCUCUUUUAGCUGUGAUUUCAAGCAAUGAUCAGGAGACAUAUUCCGGAUAGUUGGAUGGGGAACUAGAAAAAACUUCGAAUUAUCAAAUUUGUGUGCACUGUUGCUGGUGUGAAUGAUUUACAAAUGUCAUUUGUUUUGUAAAUGAACUCAAGUAUGUAUUUAGUGUUUUGUUUCAAACAAUUUUGUUGA